CAAGUUUGGGGUAAAUGAGAUAGAGAGAGAGCGCGCGCGCGAGAGAGAGAGAGAGAGAGAGAGAGAGAGAGAGAAGAAAGAAGGAGGCAGAACGGCUCAGCGUGCAUGCAUGUGAGAGACGGAGAGACAGAGGACGCGGAGAGGAGGACCAGUACCAUCGCUCCAGCUUUGUUCAAUUCGUUGUUAGAGAGAUAGUUGCUCCUGCACUACGUGAUGUCCGAUAACGGAGAAGUGGAAGACAAGCCACCCGCACCACCCAUGAGGAACACAAGCACCAUGAUGGGAUCUGGCAUCAAAGAGCCGAGCGCAAUGAACCACACCUCCAAGCCACUGCCACCCAAUCCGGAGGACAAGAAGCGCAAGGACCGCUCCAUCCGCUCCAUCCUCACCGGAGGCGGAGAUAAGACCAAUAAGAAGAAGGAGCGUCCAGAGAUUUCUCUGCCGUCAGACUUUGAGCACACCAUCCACGUGGGCUUUGAUGCAGUCACUGGGGAGUUCACUGGUAUGCCAGAGCAGUGGGCUCGUCUGCUCCAGACAUCGAACAUCACUAAGCUGGAGCAAAAGAAGAACCCUCAGGCAGUCCUUGAUGUACUAAAGUUCUACGACUCCAAAGAGACGACCAACAGUCAGAAGUAUAUGAGCUUCACAGAUAAAAGCACAGACAGUUACAGCUCCUCCAAUGUUCCGAACUCCAAAGCCGUGUCGGAAACCCCCGCCGUAGCAACCGUAUCCGAGGACGAAGACGAGGACGAGGCCACACCCCCACCCGUGAUCGCCCCUCGACCCGAACACACCAAAUCCAUUUAUACCCGCUCAGUAAUCGAGCCCCUGCCUCUCGCCCCUGCCAAAGAUGCACCCCUGUCUCCGGUGUCCUCUCCGCCUGCCGAGGGAGGCAGCGCCACUCCAGUGGCUUCGUCUACCACGCCGCGUCCCGCCGACAAGAACCGUAAGAAAAAGAUGUCAGACGAGGAGAUCCUGGAGAAACUACGCAGUAUAGUCAGUGUGGGUGAUCCAAAGAAGAAAUACACCCGCUUUGAGAAGAUCGGCCAGGGGGCAUCUGGAACGGUCUACACAGCAAUAGACAUCGCCACAGGACAAGAGGUGGCUAUCAAGCAGAUGAAUUUGCAGCAGCAGCCCAAGAAGGAGCUCAUCAUUAACGAGAUUUUGGUCAUGAGGGAAAACAAGAAUCCCAACAUUGUUAACUACCUCGACAGUUACCUGGUUGGCGACGAGUUGUGGGUGGUGAUGGAGUAUCUGGCCGGAGGCUCUCUGACUGACGUGGUGACGGAGACAUGCAUGGAUGAAGCACAGAUCGCCGCCGUGUGCCGAGAGUGUCUUCAAGCCCUGGAAUUCCUGCACUCCAACCAGGUGAUCCACAGGGACAUCAAGAGCGACAACAUCCUGCUGGGAAUGGACGGCUCUGUCAAACUCACUGACUUUGGCUUUUGCGCCCAGAUCACCCCCGAACAGAGUAAGCGUAGCACCAUGGUCGGCACCCCGUACUGGAUGGCCCCGGAGGUCGUAACUCGCAAGGCUUAUGGACCCAAAGUAGACAUCUGGUCCCUGGGGAUCAUGGCUAUAGAGAUGAUUGAAGGAGAGCCUCCGUACCUCAAUGAGAAUCCUCUGAGGGCGCUGUAUCUCAUUGCCACUAAUGGAACUCCAGAGCUUCAGAACCCCGAGAAGCUGUCGUCUGUUUUCCGAGAUUUCCUCAACCGCUGUUUAGAGAUGGACGUGGAAAAAAGAGGUUCUGCCAAAGAGCUUCUACAGCAUCAGUUCCUGAAAGUGGCCAAACCUCUCUCGAGCCUGACGCCUCUGAUCCUGGCAGCCAAAGAGGCGACCAAGAACAACCGCUAGCUCGGCACGGAGGAGCACAGCGCCAUCUGUCUGUCGUCUUUCUUUUUCUACCCUAAACCCUACAGCAUCACUGUUUUCCCUACCUGUCUUUUUAGUGGGCAGGGUCCUGUAGAGUUUUUUAUGUCAGGGACAUGAGGUUGGUGUGUGUGUGUGUGUGUGUGUGUGUGUGUGUGUGCAUGCAUGUGUCUGCGCUGACACACAGCUCACUAGAACUCUAAAUGAGGAAUCCAGUGAAUGUUACAGUGGAACGCCGCUGUAUAUUUAACCAACAGGAUCAAACCGGCCAGACUUCAUCAUCGAUUCUCGCUUUCUUUUCGCCCGUUUAUUUCGCCCGUGUCCGUGUGUUUCGUGGUACUUUACGAAUGGGAUGAAGUGAUAUAAAUGAGUCUUUUUUAAAAUAAUUUUCUUUUACAAAGAUUGUUUUGUAAAUCCACGAGUGUGUGAACGACAGAAAUAGAUUCAUGGACGUUGCAAUACGGAACUCAACUGCGUCUCAUCAACGAAAGGGUACGACGCUGGUACGGACCCCGAGGGGUGGCUGCUGCACGUUGGGAGGAAAAUCUCGAGAAACUUUAAACGUGGAUGCCGUGCAUGACGAGCGCAUCCUUUUUCUUUUUUUGUGACUUCUUUUUCUCGUCUGUUAUUCUGUCCCUCUGCUCUUUAAAAAUCAGGAUGUACAUUUCUUAUUGACGAAAUUAAAAACACACUGUAGCAACAUGUGUCAUGAACACUGAGUUGAUAGUGAUGUUUUUUUUUUUGUUUUUUUUUUAUUACAUGAAACUUUUUUUAUGUAGCGCUGAUGUACCCUUUGGCCUUAAACUGUGACGCAGAGGGAAGACGUGCUUUCGAAGACGGUACAGCCUGCUGUCCCUGAUCCUUUUUGCUUUACGUUGAUGGAUGGAACAACUUCUGUCUCGUGUGUUUUUCGAGCCAUAAACUCUGUUUAUAAGGCGUUUUGAUUAAAGAUUCUUAUUUGAAGCAGAAGAAAUAAACUGUACAAACGAUA